AUGACAGACUUGUGGCUGAUUUCUGUCCCGCUGGAUAAGACCAGUUCAAACAGUGUAGAGAAACUCAAGCGCACCCUUUCUAAAACCAACCUGGCCUCCUGCUGCAAGUUCUCCAUUCCAGAUCUCAAGGUGGGAAUACUGGACAGUCUGCUUAGUAUGUCAGAUGAUCUCUCCAAGCUCGACACACUCACUGAAAGUGUGAUCAAGAAAACAUAUCAGUGUAUGAGGGAGGUGAUGGAGCAGUCUACUGACAAAGUGCUGGAAAACACCUUAGCCAAUGGAGACCACGGCAUGAAUCAGAGAGCCGCCCUGUCGCCCCUGACAGCUUACCUCAAGUCUCUGAGGGUGGACCUGAUGAGCUAUGUGACAAAGUUUCAAUGGGACAAAGCCAAGUAUCCCACAGCUCUGCCUCUCUCUAGCCUGGCAGAUAUCAUCAACAAGGAAGUUUCCCAGGUGGAGACAGAAUUGAAAUCUCGAGCUGCAGCGUACAACAGUGUAAAAACUAGCUUGCAAAGCCUUGAGCACAAACUAGAUGGGAAUAUGCAAACUCGCAGUCUGAAUGACAUUGUGAGAAAAGAAGACCUGGUGGUCUCAGAGUACCUCACCACUCUACUGGUAGUGGUGACCAGAGGGAGCUACCUGCAGUGGGAGAGGACCUAUGAAUCUUUGUCAGAGUUUGUGGUUCCGCGGUCAAGCAGGAAGCUGUAUGAGGAUGGAGAGGCUGGAGUUUUCUCAGUCACGCUUUUCAAAAGAGCUGUGUGUGAAUUCAAAGCCAAAGCCCAGGAGAGCAAGUUCACUGUGCGUGAGUACGGCUUUGAUCUGGAGGAGAAGAAGCAGCAGGAGAUGAAGCAGCUCAGUGUUCACAAGAAGGAACAAUAUGGGAUCUUUGUGUGUUGGCUGAAGGUUCAUUUCAGUGAGGUGUUUAUUGCCUGGAUUCACUUGAAAGCGUUGAGGGUGUUUGUGGAAUCAGUUCUCAGGUAUGGAUUACCUGUGAACUAUCAGGCUCUUCUGCUGGAAACUGACAGAAAGCGCUCAAAGAAAGUCAGAGAAGAACUCGACUCACUGUUCAUGCAUCUGGACCCCACUGCCACUGCCAGCAAGACAGAUGUCAGCUGUGACAUCCCAGGACUUUGUCAGCAGGAAUACUUCUCCUAUAUCUGCUUCCACAUCAACACCAACGUGCUGGAGAUCAGCUAG